AUGGGUCUGGUUGUAAAGAUGUUGGAGGCUGACACUAGUUUGCGGAAAUUAGGAAAAGGUUUGUUGAAGAACCUUUUCACUGACAACAAACCCAAUGGUUCUUGUGAUGAUCCAGCUGAUAUCGAGUAUGAUCCUCGUUGGACUUGGAUAAUUGACAAGCCAAAUUUGCCUAAAACCCCCUCUGGGUUUAAGAGAAAACUAUGCCUGAGGAACGAUCACUCUAAGAUGGAUGCUUACUAUAUCGCUCCUUCAGGAAAAAGACUAAGAUCCCUUGUAGAAUUGUGUAGUUUUCUUCAACAAAUUCCCGAGUUUAUUGACAUAUCAGUCUCGGACUUAACCUUUACCAGCCCCAAGGUUAUGGAUGAUGCUACAUCCUCUAAGGUUGUCCUUCCCAACUCUAGCAACAAGGGGGCAGUUAGCAGUAAAAAAAUGAGUGUGUGGAUUGAGCUGGAAUUGUUCAUCUGCUUUGUAGUUGCAGUUAAUAGUCUUGUUAUGUUUGCAGUAUCAACUUAUUCGCCAAUUAUGCUAUUUUCUAUCUCUUUGGUUUACAAAUCUCUUGUGUAUGGUAAAGACAUCUUAACUGUUCCAUUCACCUUGUGUUAGAAAGGAUUUGAUUUGAUAUU